AUGCCUGUAGCGGCCCUCAAAGCCGUCGCAAAGCCUCAGAAUGGCGUCGGCGCCUUCAUCCUACAAUGCAAACGUCUCGACUUCCACUACUGCAACAGAUGGGGUAGUUCCAAAGGCAUGAACUCGUUCAUCAAAGCCUCGCUCCCCACAUUUGCAAAGCGCAAUCCCCAGAUCGAAAUCAGUGUUUCGCCACGCCCAUGCAAACAUCCUGUCAUCAUCGCACACUACAUCAACGGCGCGCAACGAGCUAUAUGUGUCAAGAACCUGCAGAAUGAGGGGGUGAGGGAGAAGGCAGAGUUGUUGAGGGACUCGAGUGGACAGAAGAACAGGAAGCUGGACGGCCGGCCGGUGAUGAGUAUCAAUGAGAGUGUGAGGGGUAUUUGGGAUCCUUUCCAUGGUGCAAACAUCAAGAUAUAG